AGCUUCUGCGGGAAAAUAAGAGAAUGUUGGACAAAUCGAUUAGAGAAAUAGAGCGGGAGAGACAAGGCUUGCAAUCACAAGAAAAGAAACUGAUUUUAGAGAUAAAGAAGAGCGCCAAACAAGGCCAGAUGGGAGCUGUUAGAGUGAUGGCAAAGGAUCUUGUUAGAACAAGGCAUCAGAUUGAAAAGUUUUAUAAGCUUAAAUCACAGCUCCAGGGUGUAUCGCUCAGAAUUCAGACUUUGAAAUCAACACAAGCAAUGGGGGACGCCAUGAAAGGUGUGACAAAAGCAAUGGGACAGAUGAAUAGGCAGAUGAACUUGCCAUCUCUGCAGAAAAUCAUGCAAGAAUUUGAGAGACAGAAUGAGAGGAUGGAACUGACGACUGAGGUGAUGGGAGAUGCAAUAGAUGAUGCUUUGGAAGGAGAUGAGGAAGAGGAAGAAACAGAAGAACUUGUGAACCAGGUUCUAGAUGAGAUUGGAAUCGAUGUAAACCAAGAGCUUGUAAAUGCACCAUCAGAAGCCAUUGCUGCCCCAGCGGCAAAGGCAAAGGUGCCUCAAGUCGAAACAACUGGAAAUGAUGAUGGCGGGAUAGAUAGUGAUUUACAGGCAAGGUUAGACAAUUUAAGAAGAAUGUAAUCUUCAUCCUGUAUCUUGUACACUCCACCUUUACUUGGAGAGGUGUAGCAUAUUUGUACCAUGGUAUAUAAUUGAUAAGUUGUGCAAGACUCUGAUGAACUCGGGAUUAUGAACGAAAUGGAUAUUUUUCUUAAGGAAAUUUCCUCGUCAUUUUGCUUAUCCAA